UCAGGCGAAAUGGAACGCCUUUUAAUAGCGGAUUUUGAGAAAAAGAAAAUUCUAACUGAUUGUGAUCAAGAGUUAUAUGAUUCUAUGCCUAAAUCGUGCCAGAAAUUGGCAAAGUCAUACUCCCGAAUUGAAAUUAGAAGCAAGCUAGGUCGCAAUGUUCCUUUGUUGAUUCGCUGUGACAUUGAGAAGUGUAUCGAUUUACUUUUAAAGUAUCGCUCAGAAGCUAAAGUUCCACAAAAAAAUCCGUAUGUUUUCGGUUUACCUGGAUUUGACAAACACAGAUUUAAAUAUCUAAGAGCCUGCAUUUUAUUAAGAAAAUUUUCAGUAGAUUGUGGAGCUGAAAAACCCUUAUCGCUUUGGGGAACAAUACUCAGAAAACAUGUUGCCACGAUUUGUACAAAUCUCAAUUUAUCUGAAAAAGAUGUUGAUAAUCUUGCACAUUUUAUGGGACACGAUACAAAUAUUCAUAAAAGGAUAUAUCGACAACCUACUAUUAAGAAAGAUAUUGUUCAAAUGUCCCAAUUGUUGCUUCAAGCACAAGGCGACGAUAAACAAUUUCCCAAUAGUGACUCAGAAACUGAGAACGAAGAAGAAUCUGAAGAUUUUGAAGUCUCUAUUCAAACAAAUAGCAACACACCGAACGAACAAGAUCAUAUUGCGAGUCAUAACGAAGUGCUAAAUAUCUCAGAUGAUCCCUAAAGGAAAGAAAGGAUAUCCAGUAAUAAACUCAAUGUCUCUAAUGGUUCUGCAGGCGGAAAAAGAAAACGAUCUAGUAACAUUAACUACUUUUAUCAAUUUAUUUUGAUACUAUUUUCAAAAAACAUACUUCCCAGUAAACAGAAACUAAUUGAGAUAAAUUAAAAAGAAUUCACAAAAAGCUUCAGUAAAUCCCGCUUUGUGAAAAAUGCGAAUUGAAACUAUGUUGCAAUUUUCCUGAAUUCGUCAAACUGUCUGUAUUGAAAUUCCUAACCUUCUAUUUUUACCAAUUCAAUGGACAAGUUUUAGGGCCUUUAAUUUGUUUUAAUUCGUCAGCACGAAUUCAAUGCAUGCUUUGGAAAUUUCCUUCGAAUGCGACUUCGUUUGCACAA